CACACAGCUCUUCUAAUCCAAAGAGGAAUUUCUACAACCCAGACAGAUGAGCCUGAAGGGAGGGAGAACUUUAACUGGCACUCAGAGCACAGGAAAAGGUUUUUUUUCUCAACACUUUGAACUACCUAUAGCCAAAUUUCAACAGCAGGAACCUAAGAAGCAUUUGAGGAACUACGUGUCUACGCCUGCAUUUCCACCGGGUAAACCAAAAUGUCCUUGCUCAGUGGGAUAGUAUGUUUCAAAAGAUCAGGAGCUCAUAUGAACACACACAGUACGGCUGCUUCAACUUGUGCUUCAUUCGUAAAACAAGGAAGCACUUCACUAUUGUUUUAUGACCAGUUUAUGACAAGAAGGAGCUUUGGUAAAUCAUUUGAAAGCAGAGACAUAGCGCGAGCAAAUUGAGAGCACAAGGGAACUAGAGCGAGAAAAUAUUGUCUCUGUGUUGGCUUCACUGAGCUGUAGACACAGAGGCAAAGAGAACAAUGUGGAAAGCAGGAGUGUUUGUGUUCUUGCUGCUAAACAUGGCUGUGGAGCUCAAUGGUGCUGUAAAUAAGGCAAGAGGAUCUGUGGCAGAAAAGACUGACAGCAUUCUUGCAACUCAGACUGAUUCUUCACCUUUCUUGGGCAACUUGCUGGUGGUACCUAUGGAUGGGAGUCACUGGAUUGGUAUAAAGGCCAUUGCUCAAGAAAUGGGUCGUCGUGGACACCGAGUCACUGUUGUGAUACCGGAGCUCAACAUGAGGAUGGGCCCAGGGGAGCACUACCACACUCUGACCUUUCCUGUUCCAUAUGACCAGGCAUUCAUUGAUUCUGUGUUGUCUUCACACAAGGACAUCAUGCAGAAAUCUGCACAGUCUUUCAUGGAGAAGAUAAGGAAACGGUUAUCAUGGAUCCAGAGAAUCAAGGGCCUAAUCCACACCACUGCAGAGAGCCUGCUUUUUAAUGCCAGUCUCAUCUCGCAUCUGGCACAGCAGGGUUAUGAUGCUGUCCUGACAGACCCCAUGGUGCCCACAGGCUCAUUGAUAGCUUGGAAAUUAGGUCUUCCUACUGUUAAUUUGCUGAGGGGCAUUCCAUGUUCCUUGGAUAUGGCAUCUGCAGGCUGUCCCUCCCCACCCUCAUACGUGCCUCGCUUCUUCACUGCAUACACAGAUAGAAUGAGCUUCAAGCAGAGGGUUCUCAACACUUUGGUGGCUGCACUGGAGCCACUGAUGUGCCGCAUGCUGUAUUGGCACUUUGACCACAUAGCCUAUCAGUUCCUGGGAGAGGAAGUGGGCAUAGCUGAAGUUCUGUCACACUCUGAUAUCUGGCUGCUGAGGAAUGACUUCACAAUGGAGUUCCCGCGCCCCCUGAUGCCUAAUGUCGUACUGGUUGGUGGCAUCAACUGCAACGUGAGAAAUCCUCUGCCUGAGGACUUGGAUUCGUGGGUGUCAGGAGAGCAUGGCUUUGUAGUGUUCACUCUGGGCAGCAUGGUGUCAGAUCUACCAGAAGAGACAACCUCUGUUUUCCUGGAGGCCUUCAGACAGAUUCCACAGAAGGUGAUAUGGAGAUACACUGGGCUUGUUCCUGACAAUGUACCAGAAAAUGUGAAGAUGAUGAAAUGGGUGCCUCAGAAUGAUCUUCUAGCACAUCCUGGAGCUCGGGCUUUCAUCACACACGCUGGUUCACAUGGCCUUUUUGAAGGCCUGUGUCAUGCUGUUCCCAUGGUGAUGAUGCCAAUUAGUGGGGAUCAGCCUGACAAUGCCGAGAAGUUGGCAAGCAGGGGAGUAGGAGUCGUGUUGGAUAUUUUUUCUAUCACUACAGAAACCCUUCUUUGGGGGCUGAACGAGGUCAUCAGUGACAUCAGUUAUAAAGAGAAUGCACAGAAGCUGUCAGCUCUUCAUAAAGACCGGCCUGUUGACCCACUCAACCUCUCAGUGUACUGGACAGAAUUUGUGAUGCAGCACAAAGGGGCAAAACAUCUCAGACCUGCUCUCCAUGACCUCAACUGGUUCCAGUACUUCUCCUGGGAUGUAAUAGCACUGCUGGUGACUGUAGUACUGAUUUUCAUAACACUGACUAUAAAAUGCUUAAAACUAUGCCUGCGGAAACUGAGCAGGAAGAGGAAGCGAGACUAACCUGGUGUCAGAAAGAUGAAAUGAAUGACUAAAUUUGUAUCUGUUUGUUAUUUUAGAAAUACAGCAUAAUCAUUGAAACACCAAUUAAAAUGAGUUAUGUUAGUUAUUUUAUAAGAUAGCCUUGUAUUUGGAUAUAGAUAGACAUUUCCCCCGAUGGCCUCCAGGUUCCCAUAAAGUCCAGAAAAUGUCACAUUAUAUUUUAUGCAGAAACCCAGAAAAUAAUCAAAAAGACCUUCUCCUACCUGGCCCCAGGUUUUCUGUAUUUAUGUUAUAUUGUGAUACUUUGAUGAAACAACUUUAUUCAAGUCUCCUUCCUCAUCUUAGUGUUGUUCUUCUUUUUCCUCCAGUUGGGUAUUUGACUGUUUAAACAUUCAUCUGUUGAAAGUGGAAAGUUGCCUAUAAGCAAGCCUCUGGUGUACAAACACUGAGAAUUGACUUUACAG